UCUUGAACUGUAAUUUUUACCUAAUGAAAAUCAAUUUUUCUGGAAAUGUAGCUUUAAGUGUUCCUAUAAUUUGAUAUGAUCAAUGUGUUUUUGACAGGAAAUGACGGGAACACGAGUUCUGAUCCCGGUUUUCGGCGGUAUAAUCGAGCUCUUUGCUUCGAAACAUAUACCGAAAGAUCACGGCAUCAUAGAGUUAGUAACAUCUCAAUGCAAUGCAGUUUUGAAACCAGAACUCACAACUGCAGAAAGCUAUGCAAAAGCAAAUCUUGACAAAUGUUAUAACUUGCCAUUUUCCAUUAGCUUGUCGACCUCUGUUCCGAGAAUAGGAUCGAUUCCACCGGUAUCGGAUUCAAGCUCCCAUCCUAGCUUGGAUGGAUCAUACUGUGGUUCCAGUCCUUCAAUUGAACAUCCACCCUUUGCUUCUGAUUCUGCCUACACUUCUCAAGGCGAGAAAUUCAAGCAGCUAAUUGACACACAUUAUGGAACGAAGAGACUAAGAUGCACCAAAAAUGUGUCUGAGCAACAAGCAAAGUUUGUUCCGGAUCGUAACAAGUCUGUAAACAACGGAAUGAGAACUACCGAGCAGCCUGAGAAAAAGAAAUACCAUUCUAAGAAUCUUAUCUCAGAGAGGAACCGAAGGAAGAAGAUAAAUGAACAGCUCCUCAAGCUAAGAGCUGUAGUCCCUAAGAAAUCCAAGAUGGAUAGACCUGCUAUUCUUACGGAUGCCAUCGAAUAUGUCGGAGAUUUGCAGGAGGAGAAGAAGAAGCUGGACCAGGAGAGUUCUUGA